AUGGAGGAAAAAUACACAAAAUACCUUAUCUCUGUUUCUAGAAAACUGCUGCUUGAGUGUGGACAAACAGCUGAUCAACAUAUAUUAAGGAAUGUGGAAAAUAUUGUUAUGGUUCAGCUAUGUGCACGGUAUUUAAAGGAUGUAGGAUACUUGCAGUACUGUGUUUCACUUAAAAUAUGCAUCUUGUCUGGUAAUUUCCUUUCAAAUAUUGACGCACUUGAAUCUUGUACUUGUUUAAUUAAGCUGGAUCUCCAUAGCAAUCAGAUGCAAGACCUUCCAGGCCCUGUGUUUUGGAGGAACAUGAAGAACUUAAGUCUUCUGUAUCUUCAUGAUAAUACAAUUUCAAACCUAGAAAAUGUGCAUUCGUUAUCUUUCUGCCCUAAUCUUAUUGCCCUCACCUUGUUCAAUACUCCACUAAGCUUGAAAAUAGCCUAUAGGCACAUUGUAGUUAACAGCAUCAUUUCACUCAAGGCAUUGGACUACUAUGUCAUUUCUGAUGAGGAAAUAGUAGAAUCCUGGCGACUUCCUAAAAAAUACAAACCUUUUACCCUUAAAUUUUUUGUUGAUUUUUGCCCUCCUUUUGGAAAGGAAACUACAUUUCGGAAAGAAAUGAAAAUGGUAAGAAAGAUAAUUUCCAAGAUCAAUCACAUUCUGUCUCUUUAUUCUCCAAUCCUGAUUAUUCAGAAAUGGGUAAGAGGAUAUUUACAGAGAAAAAGAUUGUGCCUGAUUCCUUUACGUGAAGUUCUUCUACAUAAACGUUACAUCAGAGCUGGAAAAAAGGAAAUUUACAUUCAAGUCACGCCUUCAGUAUGUGAUACUAAAAGGUCUAUGCAUCACAUCAUUAAGACAGCACAGCACAGUGAGGCUGGAAAGCUUACAUCUGGGAUCCAAGUUUUAAAGAUGAAGGAUCUUAAGGAGCUUCAUUUGUAUCUGAAAGGAUUAAGACAGCCUGUUCUCUCAGCAGUACUCAAAUUUGAAGAGGAAAGAAAGAUAAAACAAAAGGAAUCAAAAAGGUUACCAAAGACAGAUCUCCUGGAUUGGAAACAAACUGAAAUGAAAGAAGAGAAGGAGAUGACAAGUCAGUUUAGGCUUUCAGUAGAUAAAAUGCCUUUCUAUGACAAGACUGUUGAACUGCAAGAGUAUCAAGACAGGCAGAAGGACUUUUUUGAUGAUGUGUAUGACUUGCAUUUUUUAAAGAAACCUCUUCCAGAAAUUAAGCCCAUGCAUGACCCAGGCUGCAUUGAGAGGAGGGCCUUUGUUAAAGCAUAUGGAUCUAUAAGACUUCGCCCAUUGUGUGCUGUGGAUAAAGCUUACUGGGAGACUCAGCAAUUGGACAUUUUGCUUAGAAAAGAGCGGGAAGUUAUGCAGAUGCAGAUUUCUCAAAAUGUAGCAAAAGAACGUACUUAUCAGUUAACUGACAAAAGAGCUGAAUAUCUUCAGAGGAAAUGCGAACAGGAGAAAUGUGUACUUCGUGAUAUUUUGAAAGAGCGCCAGGAGGAAAGAGCAGCGUUAAUUAGAAAAAUCAGACGAAAGCAUGUUACGUUUUUAGAAAGCAAAGCGGCAAAGACAGUAGAACAUACAUUUAUUCACGGCUUCAGUACUCAGCAUACGGCUUUGACAAAAGGCUUAUUGAGACUUGAUGGCUGGAGGAGCCGCCAGGAAUCCAAAGAUAAAAGAAGAAUUAUUGUUAAAAGCAUUAUAGAAGAACAUAAACAGCAUAAAGACAUGUUUAAACAUUUUCAAGAGCAGAGGCAAACCAUGUUACAACUUCGAGGUAAUGCUGAAAGAUUUUUUCGAAAAUAUGUGGUUGAUGAAAGGGCUAAGGAGAAAUCCCAGCAAGCCAAGGCAAAAGUUGCAACUAUAAAGGAGCCCAGAGUGAAAAUAAUGUACAAAUUGCCAGUAAUUGGCAGUUCUGGCAGAGCAGUGCCUAUAGAAGAAUAUGAUGUUUAA